AUGACCUACGACAGCAUUCAAGGUAUGGAGUAUUUGGAUAUGGUUUACAACAAAGCGAUGAGGAUUUACCCGCCCAUUGGCUUCCUGACCAGGGAGUGCGUCCGCGAAACUAUGUUGCCGAUAUUCCCCGAACCUGAUGCCUUCAAGCCGGAGAGGUUCAGUCGUGAAAAUCGUGCCGCUCUGGACAACACCUUCAUGGCUUUCGAUAAAGGCAACAGACUCUGCGUUGGCACCAGACACGCAACACUACAAGUAAAUUCGGGCUUAGUUCAUUUACUGCGCCAUUUUUCCGUCCGGACUCGUUUCAACGGAGAUAAGAUUAACUACAGCAAGCAAAGCCAAGCGAGCUUACUCCCAGAAGUACGCAGCAAAGACGGUUCGCCGAAG